AUGGAUACAACAAAUCUAGUAAAUUGUGAAGUCACAACAAUACUAAAUGACGCAUCUCAAAUAUCGUCGUCGUCGUCAUCUGUAGCUGAUGCCGAUGAAGAUCUAAUUUCAAAGCUUACACAAUUUGAAUCGAAUUUAAUAGGAUCAAAUGUUAUUUAUUAUAUGAUUAAAAGAAGAGUAGAACUAGAUAAAAUAAAUGAUUUUUUGGAAAAUAAUUGGAGCAAAUUUGUAAAUUUGAAAAUUUUUUCUAAUUCUUCUUUUAACGACCGUGAUGGUGAUAGAAAAAGAAAAUAUUGUGAAAAGGUUUUUUCUGAAUAUUUUAUGUUAAUAACUGAGUUGGCGGUAUUUUUAAAAUCUGUACAUGAUUCGGCUGAUAAGAAAGGGAAAUUGGAAUAUUUCUAUGCUACAGGGAAUUACUUGUUAUAUAUGUUUGCUAAAAUAUUAAGGCGCCUUAAUAAUAAUAGCUAUGAUGAUAAAUUGAAGGGUAUUUUCUUGAGUAAAUUUAACUUGAGGUUUGAAAAAAGAUUAGAAAAUACUUUAAAUGCUUCGGUUGAUAAACAAUGCGUAGCGAUUAUUAAUGAUGAUGAGUUUACUCUAAAUAACUUUAUUGAGUAUCUUAAUUUACUCUCAACAAAUUCAUCACCAUCUUCAUCUAAUAACCAAAAACAACAAGAUUUCUUUAAUAAAUUUCAUCGAAUUAUUGACAAUGAUUUUAGUCAAACAUUAAUUAAUGAUAAACUACCGAUUUAUAUAAAUGAUGAAUUUAUGGAAUUAAGGAUUAUUCUCAGCGUAUAUGAUUACAAAGGUUAUAAAAAUAAACCAUUGGACGACGAAUGUUUUACAAAAUGCUUGGAAAGACAAAUAAUUUUAAUUGGUGAUUCGAUUUGUAUCUGUUUAGAAAAUAUAUAUAUUUAUUACAAUGAAAAAAUAGAAAAUGUUUAUAAUGAUAAAUCAAAAAUGAAAGGAAUUUAUAAAAAAUCCAAGGAAGAGUACAAGAAGUUAUUAUCGGAGGAAACAAAUUAA